AUGACGCCCUUGCUCUGGAAAUUCACACAAGAACUGGCUAGUUUAACUAGAAUCAACGAUAUUGACAAGGAAAAGAUCAAUUGUGUUUCAAUACAUGCAAUCGCAAAUGCAGCAAUAAAUCAUUUUAACUUGGCAGAUCCAAAAAAAUAUCAAACGGCUGAUUCCAAUGAUAAAGGUCGUUCUAUUUCGGCAGAACCAAAAGACUAUGGCCAAAUAAAUGAGGUGGUCGAUUCCGAUAAAGAUCAUUUUACUUCGGCAGAACCAGAAGACUAUGGCCAAAGAAAUGAGGUGGUCGAUUCCAACAAAGAUCAUUUUACUUCGGCAGAACUAGAAGACCAUGAUCAAAGAAAUGAAAUGGCUGAUUCCAAUGGCAAAGAUCAUUCUACUUCGGCAGGACUAGAAGACCAUAUCCAAAGAAAUGGGGUGGCUGAUUCCAAUGACAAAGAACAAUUUACUUCGGCAGGACUAGAAGACCAUAAGACUAUGACCAAAGAAAAUGGGGUGACUGAUUCCGAUGAUAAGGAUCAUUUUACUUCGGCAACACUAGAAGACUAUGGCCAAAUAAAUGGGGAGGUUGAUUUUGAUGAUGAUCAUUUUACCUCGACAGGACUAGAAGACUAUGGACAAAGAAAUGAGAUGGCUGAUUCCAAUAAUAAAUCCGAUGGUUUAGAAACAAGGAAACAUCCUUCGCUACAAGAUGAAGAACUGAUAUCAAUUAAGAAAAGAAAAGUGGGCAUGAAAUCGUCUAACACUGUUGUGAAGCCGGUAAUUAAAAAUAAAUAUGUGUUAGAAUGGAAUUUUGAAGAAGAUACGAGGCCUCCUAUAUCGUUGAAUAUACCUUUGGAUAUCCAGAAAAAGGUCUUUAAACAAAUGAAAGAUAUGUAUUCAAAACAAAAUCUGCCAGACGUAAUCAGUGAAUUAUGCCGCCAGUGCGCAAAAAUUGCAAGAGAAAAUACUCGAAUGGAUUUAGAAGAUUCUAUCGAAGAUGUUUAUGACGACUUAAAGAAAAGUUCUGCUGACAAACCUUUGCUCAGAACAUGUCAAAAAGUUUGGGGGCAUAUGUAG